AUGGGUACUCUAGGAUUCCUCGGAGAAUGGAAGUUUGCAGAGUACAAACGAGCCUUCCGCGAAGUGUACGUCUCUGGCGCGCCAUCUCCGCUGACACGCCGAAGCACGGAUGAGGCAGAGCAAGGAAGCAUGGCGGAAGGGUGGGUUCAGGUCCGUGGAAAGUCCAUGGGCGUCUCGAGGAACUCUAGAAUCCUCCUUCGCAACAGGCUUCGGAUUGGCAUAUUCGAUUCGAAAGGCACACAACUCCCUCACGAACCUCCUUUUACACACUCAAACAAACGCUGCGAAGAUAUGUUCGCGCUGAACGAAGUCCUACUCCACAGAGGUGCCGAUCCUCACCUGGCACACAUCACGAUCCUCAUCGGCUCGCCACCACAUCAGAGAACAUUAACGACAGCAAUCGCAGACGGCUUUCUCGUCUCUACACCUACAGGUUCUACAGCAUACAGUCUCUCCAGUGGCGGAUCCAUUGUGCAUCCUUUAGUAUCCUCACUCCUGCUCACGCCAAUCUGUCCACGAUCCCUGUCCUUUCGACCACUGGUCCUGCCCGCCAACACGCCCAUAACGCUUCGUAUAGAGGCGCAGAAUCGUGGCAAGGAAAUCGAAGUCUCCAUCGAUGGCAUCCGUCGAAGGGAGGGACUUACCACGGGGAUGGAGGUUAGAGUUGUUGGUGAGGAGGUGCGCUCACCAGGCGCUCCUGGAGCAAGAGAUUGGCUAAGAGGCGUCCCCAGUAUUGUCAGAAGCGGCGGUGCAGCAGAUGGAGAUGAUCAUUGGGUGGGAGGGCUGAACUCUCUGCUCAAGUUCAAUUAUCCGUUCGGAGAACAGUAA